UCGCGUCUAGUACCUUAUCAGCGGCAGAAAAAUAUUAUGCACAAAUUUAACGUGAAGGUUUAGCAAUAAUUUUUGCAGUAAGGAAAUUACAUAAAUAUUUAUUUGCACAUUAGUAACUGAUCUUAAAAUUAGUACAUUUGCCGCCUUACAAUCCUGAGUCAAAUGCGAUGGCAGAGCGAGGGGUGCAAACGAUAAAAAAAAUAUUAAUAAAGAGUUUGUGUGUAGAGAGAGAUGUAAAAAGAAUACAAUCAAAAAUUAUUUAUAGCCGUGGUUAAGAGUUGUUUACAGGUGAUAAGGCAAUGAUAAUAUUGUUGACAACUAUAGUCGUAUAAUCACUAAAAGCGCUCAAUUACUUCAUUAAGUACUCGUAUCGACCGUCAACAACGAUAGUUUAAACGCUUAAAAACGUUUUAAAAUUACAGUCUGCGUGAAUUAUGAGUUAUACGUGGUUAUACCUAGGCAUAACUAUAACCCGUUAAAACGUACCUACCGAAAGUGUUUUUUGUUUUCUAGCGGAACAAUGAUGAUGACGUGCAGCUCAAUCGUCCGUCGUUGAUGGAAUCAUUUAUUCGAGCGCUAAAUACCUUCUUUUAAUAACAAUAACAAUUUCAAAUAAUCCUGCCCACGCAGGUCGGUGACUACUGACUAGUUAUGGAGUCCAAGUUCUCGGGUUUUGCUAAAGAGACCACAGCCAGACCGGCGUGUAAGAAAUGCGGUUACUCCGGUCACCUGACGUUCCAAUGUCGGAAUUUCAUUAAAAUCGAUCCCAACAAGGAUAUCGUGUUAGAUGUAAGCAGCACGAGCAGUGAACCGGAUGAGGAGUAUGUGACGCCACUAGUGCAGCUACGAGAGACCGAGUUAGCCUUGAAACUGAAAGAGGCGGCAGCCAAAAAGAAGAAAAAGAAAAAGAAGAAGUUAAAAAAACGGAAGCACAAUACGUCUGACAGUAAUUCGUCAGACGAUGACACAGUAGAACGAAAAAAGAAACAUAAGAAACACAAGAAACAUAAAAAAGAAAAAAAAUCCAAAGAUUAGGUAUUUAGUAAAUAAGUAAUUAAAAUAAUUUGUAGGUUCUAAAUAUUUAAAAUUUCCAUAAUG